AUGACUGGGCGAGCCAGAGCGCGAGCCAGAGGAAGGGCCCGUGGCCAGGAGACGGCACAACACGUGGGCGCUGCUGUGAGUCAGCAGCCUGGUUACGCUCAGCCAAGACCUCAGCAGCCCCUAGAGGGGGAGCUGGUUGGCCGUGGACGACUGCGAGGGCCAGUGGGAGCAACAGCCAAGUCACAAGAAGUCCAGAUUUCUGCUGGAUUUCAGGAGCUAUCAUUGGCAGAAAGAGGAGGGCGUCGUCGAGACUUCCACGACCUCGGUGUGAAUACAAGACAGAACCUGGACCAUGUUAAAGAGUCAAAAACAGGUUCUUCAGGUAUCAUAGUGAGGCUAAGCACGAACCAUUUCCGGCUGACAUCCCGUCCCCAGUGGGCUUUGUAUCAGUAUCACAUCGACUACAACCCUCUGAUGGAAGCCAGGAGGCUCCGCUCAGCUCUCCUUUUUCAGCACGAAGAUUUAAUUGGAAGGUGUCAUGCUUUUGAUGGAACAAUAUUAUUUUUACCUAAAAGACUACAGCACAAGGUCACUGAAGUUUUCAGUCAGACACGAAACGGAGAGCACGUGAGGAUAACAAUUACUUUAACAAACGAGCUCCCACCAACAUCCCCGACCUGUUUGCAGUUUUACAAUAUUAUUUUCAGGAGGCUUCUGAAGAUCAUGAAUUUGCAACAAAUUGGAAGGAAUUAUUAUAAUCCAAGUGACCCAAUUGACAUUCCGAAUCAUAGGUUGGUGAUCUGGCCGGGCUUCACCACGUCCAUCCUGCAGUAUGAGAACAAUAUCAUGCUCUGCACGGAUGUCAGCCACAAGGUCCUCCGCAGCGACACGGUGUUAGACCUCAUGUUCAACCUGUACCAUCAGACCGAAGAGCACAAGUUCCAAGAACAAGUUUCUAAGGAGCUCAUUGGUUUAAUUGUUCUUACCAAGUAUAACAACAAAACCUACCGAGUGGACGACAUCGAUUGGGACCAGAACCCAAAGAGCACGUUCAAGAAAGCAGACGGUUCGGAGGUCAGCUUCCUGGAGUACUACCGGAAGCAAUAUAACCAGGAAAUCACCGACCUGAAACAGCCGGUGCUGGUGAGUCAGCCCAAGCGGAGGAGGGGCCCCGGGGGCAGCCUGCCCGGCCCGGCCAUGCUCAUCCCGGAGCUCUGCUACCUCACAGGGCUCACGGACAAAAUGCGGAACGACUUCAACGUGAUGAAGGACCUGGCGGCCCACACGCGGCUGACCCCCGAGCAGCGGCAGCGCGAAGUGGGCCGGCUCAUCGACUACAUCCACAGAGACGACAACGUGCAGAGGGAGCUUCGGGACUGGGGUCUGAGCUUCGACUCCAACUUGCUGUCCUUCUCAGGAAGAAUCUUGCAAGCAGAAAAGAUUCACCAAGGUGGAAAAACAUUCGAUUACAACCCCCAGUUUGCAGAUUGGUCGAAGGAGACGAGAGGGGCACCACUGAUUAGCGUGAAGCCGCUCGACAACUGGCUGCUGAUCUAUACUCGGAGGAACUACGAGGCGGCCAACUCACUGAUCCAAAGCCUGUUUAAAGUGACGCCAGCCAUGGGCAUCCAGAUGAAAAAGGCCAUCAUGAUCGAAGUGGACGAUAGAACCGAAGCCUAUUUAAGAGUCUUACAGCAGAAGGUGACAUCAGAUACCCAGAUAGUCGUCUGUCUGUUGUCGAGUAAUCGGAAAGACAAAUAUGAUGCUAUUAAAAAGUACUUAUGUACCGACUGCCCCACCCCCAGUCAGUGUGUGGUGGCCCGAACCCUAGGCAAACAGCAGACGGUCAUGGCCAUCGCCACAAAGAUCGCCCUGCAGAUGAACUGCAAGAUGGGCGGGGAGCUCUGGAGGGUGGACAUGCCUCUGAAGCUGGCCAUGAUAGUCGGGAUUGACUGCUACCACGACACCACAGCCGGCCGGAGGUCCAUCGCAGGGUUUGUCGCAAGCAUCAAUGAAGGGAUGACCCGCUGGUUCUCUCGCUGUGUGUUUCAAGACAGAGGACAGGAGCUGGUGGACGGGCUCAAGGUCUGCCUGCAAGCGGCCCUGCGGGCCUGGAACAGCUGUAACACCUGCAUGCCCAGCCGCAUCGUCGUGUACCGGGACGGUGUGGGUGACGGGCAGCUGAAGACGCUGGUCAGCUACGAGGUACCACAGUUCCUGGACUGCCUCAAGUCCAUGGGCAGGGGCUACAGCCCGAGACUAACAGUGAUCGUGGUGAAGAAACGCGUGAAUGCCAGGUUUUUUGCUCAGUCUGGAGGAAGACUUCAGAACCCACUUCCGGGCACAGUCAUCGAUGUGGAGGUGACCCGGCCAGAAUGGUACGACUUUUUUAUCGUGAGCCAGGCAGUAAGAAGUGGCAGUGUCUCUCCCACCCACUACAACGUCAUCUACGACAGCAGUGGCCUGAAGCCAGACCACAUACAGAGGUUAACGUACAAGCUCUGUCAUGUCUAUUAUAAUUGGCCAGGUGUCAUUCGUGUGCCUGCUCCGUGCCAGUAUGCGCACAAGCUGGCUUUCCUCGUGGGCCAGAGCAUCCACAGGGAGCCGAACCUGUCACUAUCCAACCGUCUGUACUACCUGUGA